CCCAAAAUGUACGACGCCUCGCUGUGGUCGUGUGUACAUUCACCAGCAGGGGAGGAAGGUUCACCGCCAAUACCUUACUGUUUUCACCUCUCCUAGCCUUAAUUAACGCCUCACCUGCCCGCCGAGCCCCGCCAGUGGGAUGGUGGUGCAGCAGCCAUGGACCAUCAACACCACCACCACCACCACCACCACAGCCAGCCCAGCACCACCACCACCACCACCACCAUUGAGAAGAAGCUGCCAACCAACACUUGCCUGGUGUGUGGCCGUCACGGAGGCAACACCAUCGUUGUCACCAGCGUCCACAGCUUCGUGUCCGCCUCGGGAACACCACUCGCUGACUUCCUGGUGAAGGUCGUCGGCGAGGACCCCUGUUACUCCGUCAGUGAGGUGAUCUGCCAGCAGUGUUUUGUCCUGCUAGAUCGCCUCGACGCCUACCAAGCCAGGGCUGCUGAAAUACACACAUAUGUCACCACUAGGUACCGGGACACCAAACUAGAGUUAUUAGGACAGAGGCAGCGAAUGAGUGAGUUGAUCGCUGCUUCCCUCUCCAAUGUCCGGGAGCUCACCCACGGCACCACUCUCAACGUCAGCGAUGAACUAACAAUAACCGUCGUCCACGAAUCACUGCCCAAGAACCAAAAGCUCUACCACCUCCAAAACAACAACAACAACAACAACAGGCACCACAAACACAACAACAACAAUAACAACAACAACAACAGAGAUAUCUCACCUGCAAACUACAUUACGAAUAAAUUUAAGAGAAGAAAAGUAGGAAUAGGAGGAGGAGGAGGAGGAGGGGGUAAUUUAAACACCCCUACCACCCCCCAGGACAAGAGGAAGGGGUGGAGAGGGGAAGAGGUGAGGAAAUGUGGGAGAGGGAAGAGGAGAGAGAGAAAGAGAAAGAGAAAGAGAGAUACCAACUACCAGGCACAUCUUUGGAGUCACCACCUGGAGCCUGUGUAUCCUGGUGACAUGUUAGGGCCCAUAUCACCAGCCAGGCGCAUCUUUGGAGUCACCACCUGGAGCCUAGGUGAGCGAGGGGUGCCGCCACAGGUUGCCGAAGCUAUGUUGAUGCAGUCUCCGCUGGCCACCUCCCUGCUGCAGUCAUUCCUCGCCACCUCUCUCUGGUUUGGUUCCCCGGACAACACACAGAAGAGGAAACCAAGCAGUAACACCAAACACAAACAGCAGCACCAAGUUUAUGUCCCAGAUGAUGUGACAAGUGAGACGUUAGCAGUAGCAGCUGGGUCCACCAAGGAGAAGAGACAGGAACUCAAGAACACUGGCCAAAGCUACAUUAACACCAAAGGCAAACUGGUGGACGCUAAGAGAGUUUGGCCCCAGGAUUGUAGCAGGUGUCCCUUGAAAUGCAACGCGAGGAUCAGCGAAGAGGAACGCCUGAAGAUCUUUGCGGAGUACUGGGGCCUCGCUGACUACAACCUGCAGAGAGAGUACCUGGCCGCCCACAUGCAGAGAGAGGAGAAGCUGGGCCCUAGUGGUCUCCGAAGGACUGUCAUUCUCUAUUUCCUCACCUCCAGCAAGCAGUCCAACCCUAAGCUGCAGGUAUGUCGCCAAUUCUUCCUCAAAACCCUUGACGUCUCGGAGAAAGCCUCAAGAAUCGUUUUGGAGAAGAUGGUGAGAGGUGAGCUUGGGAACGAAGGAGGCGCUAACACACCCCCUCCAGGCACCACCCUUCGCCACACAGCCCCCCACCAUGCCUCCCCACCCCCCCGCCAGGCCAAGAAUGGGGAGGAAGGGGCCCAGAGUAAUGACGAAGACACGAAAAGCGAGGAUUCAUCUUGAGGUUAGAUGAAAAUGCAAGCUGUAGGUGUUUUUUUUUCUCGGGCAUUUUUUAAUAGUUUUUUUUUAUUGUUUUUGGUUUAAUAAGAGUUCUUUGCGCAAUUUGCUGUGCUUAAGAUGAAGAAAGAAGGAAGGAAGGAGGGAAGACUGAAUAAAACGGGAGGAGGAAAAGGAAGAGAAGGAAAAAAAAGAAAACAAGGAGGAGGGAAAUAAACCUUCUCUCUCUAUCUCUCUUUUUC